AUGGGUAAUGCAGGAAGUAAUCCGCCAAAAGAGUGGCAUAAAGACCAUUCUGCUAAACAACCAGAUAUUGGAUCUUGUUCUCCUGUAAAAGAAGGUGAAGCAUUUACAUUCGAUAAAAAAAUUGAUGAUGAUCGCUGCGGAAGAGAAGAUGAUAAUAACAUUGAAGAUGGGGCCCCUUAUUAUACUAAAGCUGUACCUGAACGCGAAGUUGAAGAGACAAUUAUGAGAGAACGGUCAAAUACUUUAACUGAAGGUAAUAAGUUAGAUGAAGAUGUCAAAGUUCUGCCCACAGUAUUUAAAUGGGAAGGUGGAGGAAAACAGGUUUUUAUUAGUGGCACUUUUACCGAUUGGAAAACUAUACCAAUGGUAAAAUCACAUGGGGACUUUGUAACUAUCAUUGAUCUACCAGAAGGAGAACAUCAAUAUAAGUAUUUUGUUGAUGGUGAAUGGCGUCAUGAUCCAUCUGUUAAAAUGGUAGAUAAUGGUAUGGGCUCAAAAAAUAAUUUAGUAACUGUGAAGAUGUCUGACUUUGAAGUAUUUCAAGCACUUGCUAAAGAUAGUGAAGGAGUUCAUAGUAGUGCCCAAACUGAAUAUUCUCAGGAAAUACCACAGUCAAAGCCAUGGGAAAAAGUUUCUGGUCCUCCAAUAUUGCCUCCUCAUCUCCUACAAGUUAUCUUAAACAAGGACACUCCUUUGUCUUGCGAACCCACAUUAUUGCCAGAGCCAAAUCAUGUUAUGUUAAAUCAUUUGUAUGCACUGUCUAUUAAAGAUGGUGUAAUGGUACUAUCUGCAACUCACCGAUAUAGAAAGAAAUAUGUUACUACACUUCUUUACAAGCCUAUA